GUCCGCUCCCUCCUUCUGCUCACUGCCCCGCCACUUCUUCUGCCUGCCACCCCGAGGGACCAUGGCGAGGUUCAGCUGGGGAUACGGCGAGCACAAUGGUCCUAUUCAUUGGAAUGAAUUUUUCCCUAUUGCUGAUGGAGACCAACAAUCUCCAAUUGAGAUUAAAACCAAAGAAGUGAAAUAUGAUUCUUCCCUCCGACCUCUUAGUAUCAAGUAUGACACAAGCUCAGCUAAAAUCAUCAGUAAUAGUGGCCAUUCCUUCAAUGUUGACUUUGAUGACACAGAGGACAAAUCAGUUCUGAGUGGGGGUCCUCUCACCGGAAGCUACAGGUUACGACAGUUUCACCUUCACUGGGGGUCCACCGAUGAUCACGGCUCUGAACAUGUGGUGGACGGCGUGAGAUAUGCCGCAGAGCUCCACGUUGUUCACUGGAAUUCAGACAAAUACCCCAGCUUUGUUGAGGCAGCUCAUGAGCCAGAUGGACUAGCUGUCUUGGGUGUAUUUUUACAGAUUGGUGAGCAUAAUCCCCAACUGCAAAAGAUUACUGACAUUUUGGAUUCCAUUAAAGAAAAGGGUAAACAAACUCGAUUCACAAAUUUUGACCCAUUAUCUCUGCUUCCUCCACGCUGGGAUUAUUGGACGUAUCCUGGUUCCCUUACAGUCCCACCUCUUCUAGAGAGCGUCACAUGGAUCGUUUUAAAACAACCUAUAAACAUCAGCUCUCAACAGCUGGCCACAUUCCGCACCCUCUUGUGUACAGGGGAGGGCAAAGCAGUGGCUUUUUUGUUGAGCAAUCACCGUCCACCACAGCCUCUGAAGGGCCGAAAAGUGAGAGCCUCUUUCCAUUAAAAGUUGUCACCAACACACCACCCCAAACAUGUCUGUGGAGAGAAAACAAAACAAAACAAACACAAAAAUCCCUACUAACAGUUAUUUCCUAGAAUUCUAAUUUAUGAGGUGCCAUUUUGCUGUCA